AAUAUAACACGAUAGAUGUUGAGGCGGUUAAAUAAAGAACUAUCCGGCUCCUUCAAAGGGGCGCAAGGCAAACAUGUCAACAAACGAAGUUUAGAAGAAAUACAGUGCUAUGAAAAUGGACGCUUCUACCGAAAUCCGGACCGCGCAGACGACGCAAUGUGGACCAGCGACGAAUGCUCCCGAUACUACCUUUGCUUGGAUGGAGAUGUGUUUGAUUUCCAAUGCACCAAGGGGCUGCUGUUCGACGUCAAUCGGCAACUGUGUGACAUGCCACAAAAUGUGCAUAAUUGUGAAUUGACAACAGAGACAGUGAUACCGAAGCCCCAGCUAGAAAGUGCUCACUGUGCCAAUGAAACACAUCUGGGAUGCGCAGAUGAUGUUUGCAUUCCAGCGGAAUACUUCUGCGAUGGCGCCAUGGAUUGUGAAGAUGCCUCAGAUGAGGGUUGGUGCGAUGUCAAGACCGACCCCAAUGCUGCUGCGCCGUGCGACCCUGGACUAUGUCUAUUACCGGAAUGCUUUUGCACGAAAAAUGGCAAUCAAACACCUAACAACCUUGUGGCAAGCCAGACACCUCAAAUGAUCACCCUUACAUUCGACGGCGCAGUAAACCAUGAAAACUGGGACAUUUACACGCGACACCUCUUCACGGCAGAACGCAAGAACCCCAACGGAUGUCCUAUUAAAGCCACAUUCUUCGUCUCUCACCCGUACACUAAUUAUCGGCACGUGCAGAAACUGUGGAACGAUGGUCACGAGAUAGCUGUACAUUCGAUAACACACCGUGGGCCUGAAGAAUGGUGGUCCAAAAACGCCACAGUUGAAGACUGGUUCGACGAAAUGGUAGGUCAAGCGAACAUAAUUAACCGUUUUGGCCGAGUUUGGAUGGAAGACUUCAGAGGAAUGCGUGUCCCGUAUUUAUCAGUAGGCUGGAAUAGACAGUUCCUUAUGAUGCAGGAGUUUGGAUUCGUAUACGAUGCUACAGUAGUCGCACCUGUAGCUGAUCCUCCAUACUGGCCUUACACGAUGGAUUAUAAAAUGCCUCAUACUUGCAAUGGAAACAACCAAUUCUGCCCAACAAGAAGCUACGCUGGUCUCUGGGAAAUGGUGAUCAAUCCCUUAAUAGAUGGUGACCACACCUGCGCUACAUUAGAGUACUGCCCAUCGAACCUUAGCGGAGACGAUGUAUACAACAUACUAAUAAACAAUUUCAAGCGACAUUAUUUGAAGAAUAGAGCACCGUUUGGGAUACACCUUAAUGCUACGUGGUUGAAAAAUAACGACUAUUUGAAAGCCUUUAAGAAAUUCACUGACGAGCUAUUAAAGCUACCGGACGUUUAUUUUGUAACUUACCGCGAAGUCAUCGACUGGAUCAAGCGACCAACUCCCGUCCUGCAGCUCAAGAAGUUUCAACCGUGGCAAUGUAACAAACGCCAAUUCGCAGAAUCCGAGGUUGCUUGCGGCAAACCAAACACUUGUAAACUACCCUCCAAAGUUUUAGAGCAUGACAAAUACAUGAUCACAUGCAUGGACUGCCCGAAGAGUUAUCCAUGGAUAAGAAACGAAUUUGGAUUCGAAUAGCUAUUUUUACUUUUUUAAUUGCUCAUAGACAAAGAUAAAACUUCAUAGACAAAUGUUACAGUUACCAAUAUUUUAUAAGUUUUGUAAAUGUUUUAAUUUUAAGCAUAUGUUGGGAAUUGGGUUCCAUUUGCAAAUAACAUAGGCAUGAAUUGUGGAAACCUUACCUAACUAACUAAACUGGUAGGUUUAUGGUAGUUAAAUGAAACAAAUUCAAGCCACUAAUCGGUUUACAUGCGAGAUUGUAUCGGAACGCAAAAUUUCUAGGCGGAUCAUCAUAGGGCCAACUAGUUAACUAGCCACGAUUAAAUCCUCCCACCUGACAGAAACUAAAUAAAAAGUGAAACUUCUUAAAUUCCUAAUUCUGCUUUUUUACAAUAUGCGAAUUUUAUGUUUAAUAGUCAAAAAUAAAUAAUUGUUGUAUGAACGAAAUCUAUACAACAUUCUGGCAAAUGAAGAAGAGCAGGAAAGAAGUGUAUAUUUUGCUAAUUUUCGCUCCACUCCCGUGGCGUCACAGUUGUAACUUGCAAGAUACAUGUUUUUCUCUUUCUUUAUGUAAGCUCUCUUUCUGUUUAUAUCUUUCUUCCCUCUCAUGUAACGUAAUACAGUUAAAUGUGAAGCGCCUUUAAAAGACUCUUAAUAAUUCUCGUCGAAUAUUAUCGAUUCACUGUGUAAGAAGUUUAACUUACAAAAAUAUAUACAUGCAAAUGGAGCCAGAAUUUAUUAGAUUAAGAUUUUAAUUUAUUCUCUGCUAUUAUAAGUGUGUUGUUGACAAUAAAUAAUUAUUCUAAUGUGUGAUGUUUGAAUAUUUGUUGAAUGCUUGUUUGGUUGGUUG